AUGGAGGGUGAAAGUCUCUUAGCAAACGUAGCCCUAGGCAAGUACACAUACAACAGCUCAGCGUUCCACUACAGUUCGCAGAUUAUUCUGACGUCAUUUUACGCUGUUGAUGGCAACAACGACAUGAGUGAUGACAGUUCGGUGAAUUGCUCUCUCACUGCACCCGGGUUCGAACCCCACUGGAUCGGCGUCGAUUUGGGAACGGUGUUUUCAAUCAUUUACGUGAUGCUAUACGUUGGAAUGGAUCAUGUUGAUUUACCAACAAAGAACGAUCUAAACUUCUUCAUAGUGGGGGUGAGCAACAGGUCCCUGGAUGUUCACCCGCCAGUGGGAGGCACCUACGAUCUCUGUGCUCAAUAUCCAGGUGUGGUUGCUCCGAAGCAGGUGGUUCAGUUAAAUUGUUCCUCUAGUACGCCUCCAGCCAGAUACGUCAUACUGCAACAACCUUCCAACUCUACUGGAUACAUGUCCGUCUGCGAAUUCGAAGUCUACGGAACUCCUUAUGAAAGUUUGAUCAAAAUAGAGCGUCGCAGAAACCUGCUUCUCAAAAGACCAGCCAACAGCAGUUCAAGUUUGUAUGCGUCAGAUGUCUGUGGUCCAUUGUUAGCGAAAAUGGCGGUGGAUGGAUUCCACGACACUUUCAGAUACAACUGCCACUGUGCCAUCACCAGCGACAUUCCUGGCGGACCGAACUGGUACACGUUCGACAUGCAGACCUCCUAUCGGAUUGAUUACAUCGCUUUGACGGCUAGAAGUUACGAAGGCUAG